AUGAGCCCGUGCGACGCCCGGGGAUGGGUGGCCACCGUGGCACGACCGUGGACUGCCGCGUCACACGUGACUGUGCCACUAUACAACAUGCAGACGCCCGCGGCUCUUUCCGCACACACAUCGCUGUUGAUUUGCAUUGAGCGCGCUCUGCGAACGUACUUUUCGAGCGACCAGUCCGUCCACGAUGCCGAAGAGCCCGCGCGCUUUCGAGCGCAGAUGCUGCACAUUGACGACCAUGUCGACAGUGGCGACGAUGAGGUCGCGAGCGUGACAGUCCGCGACACGUUGGAGGGGAUACCACGUGCAGCGUACGUGACGCAGUUGGCAGUGAUCCUUUGUGCGUGGCACGAGACGGGCGCGCACCCGCUCCUGUCGUUGCUGACAGGCUCGAGCACGGCCGGAGCUCGGACAGCGACGAUCGAGGGCGUGACGCCCGAGUUCACUAGCAGAGAGAGAGUGCUUGCCGUCCCUAUCGGCGUUGUUCGCGAGCUCAUCGCCACGAUCGAGAGGGGCGUAGAGGAAGCGACGUUGGCGGCGGUGACCUCACUUGUCGAGAUGAUUGGGGGCUCACGUGGAAUCCUGACCUUGUUGGGCUUCCAGCAGACCGUUGGGAGCCGCAACGUACCUCCGCUUACACUCUGCCAAUGUCUUGCAGCCUUCACGCAGCGCCACACACCUAAUGAACCGCUCAUGGUCGGCGCACGAGCGUUCAGCAAACACUGCGCACGGAGUGCGAGUGGCUGGUGGGGCACACUCGAAGGAAACGAUCACGCCAAGAACGCGCGUGCAGAGAAAAAAGUUCGCGAGCUGUUAGCUUGUGCGACGUGGAAGAACAUACACUGUCUUCCCCACGCGCACGCGACGAUGGAGAUCCGUAAUGCAUUGGGGUACGGCGCGCGAUGGGACGCAGAGACGCAAACGUUUCGAGGGUUCCUGGAGCCGCCGAUGGCCAAUGGCCACGAGACCAAGUGGAGACAUUAG